CGACGGCCGUGAAGCGCGGCGGCGAGCAUGGCGGCGCGCACGGCGCUCGGAGCGGGUAGCGCUUGGGCUCGCGGGCUCCUCGGCUGGGCGCGGCCAGAGAGGUGGCUAGCGGCCAGGAGCUUUUUUCCCCUGUCAUGUAUCCCCAUGAGCACAUACCUGCAGAAACUGGGGAAGUGGGAGAAAAAGAACAGGAUUGUUUACCCUCCGCAGCUGCCUGGAGAGCCCCGCAGACCAGCGGAAAUAUAUCACUGUCGGAGGGAAAUAAAAUACAGCAAUCAAAAGAUGUGGUAUCUGGCCAAACUGAUAAAAGGUAUGUCCAUUGACCAGGCUCUUGCUCAGCUGGAAUUUAAUGAUAAGAAAGGAGCAAAAGUGAUCAAAGAGGUUCUCUUAGAAGCACAGGAACUGGCAGUAAGAAAACACAACGUGGAAUUCAAAUCAAAUUUACACAUAGCGGAGUCAAUGUCCGGCAGAGGCCGCUAUGUGAAGCGGAUUCGUUACCAUGGCAAAGGCAUGUUUGGCAUCAUGAAAAUCGUCAGGUGCCAUUACUUUGUGAAGCUGGUGGAAGGUCCUCCUCCUCCAGAGCCACCAAAGACGGGUGUUGACCAAGCCAAGGAAUAUAUACAGCAGCUACGAAACAGAACCCUUGUUAAUACACUGUGACAAACUUGUGACUAUAUAGGUAUUUCUUGUUUAACAAUGUAACUAUAUACAGGAAUAAUUAAAAGGAUGUCUUAAUUGUGUCUUUGGUGCUGCUGCAGCUGAAUGAUGUGGGGAUGACCGUAGGCUUUUUUUUUAAUCUGUUAAGCCAGAGGUGUGGAAAAGUCUUGGAAAAGCAGCAACAGAUGAUACUUUUUGUGAGUAACUCAGACCACAGCAUUCAAACUCUUCCCUGGACUGUCAAAUCUAGAACAUGUGAUGCCAUUACAAAGCUUGUGAGGAACUGUGGUUGUCUUCAAAUUCAUGUAUCUGUCUCUGUUAUGUAUGGUUGGGUCUUUCAUUGUAAAAGUAUGUGCCCAGCAGUCACACUGCAACAUGAAGAUGUGGACUAAAGUUACUAAAAUUUGACGUCUUAAAGCAGCUACAAGAAUGGAGCAAAACAAGUAACAACAAGUUGAGAUUGUCAGGCAUCAGUUUAUGGUUUCUUUAUCUAGGUUGUUGUGCUCCUUCCUUACAGCCUCUGUUGUGCAACUUGGGCAUUGUGUCCGAGUGGGGCAAAAAGAAUCAUCCCAAGUUCAGAUUUUGUCGGUAGGUGGCAAUGUUUAGUUUGUCAGAGGGGAAAUAACAGUGAAAACUUAAAGCGUAUUGAAACUGUUCUUGAGUCUGACCAUGGCAUUAAUAGUCUAAGUGCACAGAGUUCAGGCAACUCUCUGUGGAAACUGAGGAUCAACAACAGGCACAAUAUGGAGAAAACCUUGUCUUGGUGAAGAGUGAACUAAUUAUUCUGCAUUGUCUGGAAACAAAUUGCUUCUAUAACAUAGAGGAGAGUAAAGUGCUCUGUGGAUGUAAUAUAGAAUGACUUGUUGCACAUACAAAUCUAUCUUUCAGUUUUCUGAGAACACUCCCAUUUUUAUCAUUUCCUCUUUGAUGAGAACAAGGCUGAGGUCAGUAGGGGAAUUUCAUUUCAUCUUGUCAAAUUCUCUACUCAGAUGACCAGAGAUCAUGCACAUCAGCUUAAAAACAGAGCAGAUGCCUGUUUAUGGAAAUGUUGGAUAUUUAGACCUUUCUUUUGCUUUCCGGAGUGUGAGAUAGAUGGACUGCCUCAUUUGAGUCUCUUUCCCACACCAACUGGUGGCAGCCUUUCUUACUGCAUUUACUUGCAUCACUGCUUCAAUGAUGGCAAAGGGACAGUUCCUGUAACAAACCAAAUUACCUCUGUUGUCCUAAUGAGGGCUGCAUACAACUGUUUCUUUUUGCUGCCAAGGAAAGGAUCUCAUGGUGUUGAAGAGUGUUGGGGGACUGUGAAGUUACACAAGAAGUACAUGCAUAGCUCAGAACCAUGAAUGGGUGCUUAUUUGCAGUCUGAUAUCCUGCAGUGCACUUACAGAGGCAUUACUUGCUUUAAAGGCACAAUUUAGUAGCUUCUGUCAGAGAGGUACAUUCCUGAUAGAACUCUCUAUAUCUGUAGUCCCUGAUGAUUGUUUGAGGAACUGUUUCUGGUGUACUGGGAUAAACAGCUGUGCUUUGCUGUGCCAGCUGCUGUUUAAACUUCUGUCACACUGAAUCUCGUAGCAAACGUGAGUGAAUUAAUCUUUUCUGGGGUCAGUGAUCUCAGAGAAGGCUGAGGAAUCACAGAAUAAUCCAAGCUUUAUAAGCACAUGUCAUCUAAGCAUAUAAAACUUGGCUUCUGUUUUAUUCCAGCACUUGUUUCUCUUGCAU